AUGCAUCGCUUUCGCAGGCUUGCCUCAGUGCACGCGUGGGUUGCAGCGCGCUGCGUCUUUCAGAGUAAAGAGUUCCUUGCGGCGUCCACGGAUCUGCCCACGACCCCUGAGGGGCGCAACCCGUACGAUGUCCUCGAAGUUACGGUCACUCAGAAUACGACACUCGACGAGGUCUCGAAGCAGUUUCGCAGCCUCGUCGUCAAGUACCAUCCCGACAAGCCAGGUGGCUCCACGAAUAAAAUGGCAGAGGUGAACUUGGCUUACAAGAUUGUCAAGGAGAAUCAUGAUGCGGUGCUGCGCCGGAUGAAAGAGGCGGAGUCAACCAUCAAGGCGAGCGAGGCAUACCGACAGCACAAACACGCGCGCGUUAGCCGUGACGAAGAGCUUGGUCGCUCAGGCGGUCUCAACCGCCGCAACGCGCGCGCCACACGAGAGGCUGCCGAGGUUACCGGAUCGCGCCGCACCCGUUCUCUGAAGGAGAUCGAGACUCAGUGGGCAAAGUACAAAGAGGACACAGAGGCAGCUGUCAAGAGCAUAUGCAGUCGAUACGAGCUGGCCAUCCAACAGGGAAAGUUCUUCCGCAAGUCGACGACCUUGAAUGAGAUCACUGUGCGCGAACGAUGGCUGCGGAAGUCGUUUGUGAAGGGUGUUUGGGAGGAUGUGCAUGAGCUGCGCGGAGAGCUGCUUCGUCGCGGUACCCGCAGCGCACAACAAUCCGAGCUAGCAGAGGAGAUGGUUAGCUUUGCCUCUACAACGCAGAGGAAGCUGAACGAGAAUUUUCAGCGGCUUACCCAAGAGAGUGUGCAGUUGCAGUCUCGCAUGUUCGUCGAGCGCGCCUUCUUCAUUAUAUGCUCGCUAAUAUUGCUAGUGAAGGUGUGGAGGUGGUUUGUUGGCUUCACCUUUAACAACACACUCACCGUGAAGCUCAAGCGUGCUCUCCUAUCACAGUAA